CCUCCGAUGGACUUCAUCCACAGUAGUGGGGUGCAGGUCAUCCAGCACCUCCAGAGCAACUACAAAGACUACCAUGACUUCCUCAACUUCAUGUCCUCGGUGGGGGACCCCCGCAACAUCUUCUCCCUCUACUUCCCCCUGUGGUUCCAGCUCAGUCAGAUUGUGGGGACCAAGAUGAUCUGGGUGGCUGUGAUUGGGGACUGGCUGAACCUCAUUUUCAAAUGGAUUUUGUUUGGACAUCGGCCGUACUGGUGGGUUCAGGAAACUCAUUUCUACCAGAACCAUUCUCUACCUCAGAUUGAGCAGUUCCACAUAACCUGUGAAACAGGACCAGGAAGCCCGUCCGGCCAUGCUAUGGGUUCCUCUUGUGUCUGGUAUGUAAUGGUCACAUCUGUCGUCAAUUUCACAAGACCGGCUAAUGACACCAUCACACAGCAAGAAGCGCAGAGGUUUCGCCUUGUGUGGUCAUUUCUCUGGAUUGCAUUCUGGGUCAUUCAGAUCAGUGUCUGUGUCUCGAGAGUGUUCAUUGCCACUCACUUCCCUCAUCAAGUCAUCCUUGGGGUUCUAGCAGGUAUGCUGGUGGCUGAGGCGUUCGAGCACAUCCCGUCCAUCCACACGGCCAGCUUCAAGGUCUACCUGCACACCAGCCUCUUCCUCUUCUCCUUCGCCCUCAGCUUCUACUUCCUGCUCAAGAUGAUCCACAUCGACCUGCUCUGGUCCAUUACCAAAGCCAAGAAGUGGUGCGCCAACCCGGACUGGAUCCACCUGGACACCACUCCCUUCGCCGGCCUGGUCCGCAACCUGGGCGCCCUGUUUGGCCUGGGCCUGGCCAUCAACUCCCAGAUGUUCCUCAAGAGCUGCAAGGGCAAGAACGGCUACCGGCCGCGCUUCAAGCUGACCUGCCUGGCCGCCACGCUCACCACACUGCAGCUCUACGACCUCAUCAAGGUGCCCACGCACACCGAGGCGCUCUUCUACACGCUGUCCUUCUGCAAGAGCGCCGUGGUGCCACUCAGCGUGGUGGCACUCAUCCCCUACUGCGUGCACCUCCUCAUCGGGGACCCGGAGAAGAGACUGGACUGAACUGUGAAGGGGGAAAAUAAACUAUGUCAUCCGAGGGCAGGAUGUUAUUGAUUUUUUUACUGAAAGAAGGCAAAAUGAUUGAAUGUUGUUUUAUGCUGAAACAAUUAUUUAAUGCUUGGAUGUCAUCCAGGAGCCGGGUGUCCUUUCUGUGCUUAAAAAGCAUUUGAAAAUGAUUUUGUUAUGGAAAAAGCAAGAGACAAACAAUGUUUUGUCAUUAAAAAUAGUUGUGAUUGUUUUUAUAUGUUGUCUACAUGCUGUCAAAGCUUAUGGAUGUUGCAAGGACAGGAUGUCAUGAAAAAAAAACAUUUGAAAAUUAUUCUAAAGAGCUGUUGAAACGGUUAUAAAAUGGUGAUAAAAUAGUUGAGAGUGUUUUUUAAAGCUGUUUACAUACUGUCUAAGCUUAUGUAUAGUUACAGCAAUGACAUGUAAAAUCACAAUUAGGCCUAUUUGCCUUUGUUUUAUUGCACAGUGUUUUUAUGCAGCAUCUAAUGUUGAUUAAUGCUUUAAGAAAAGCGUCACACACUUUUUUUGUAAAUACUCCUAGAAUG